AUGGUGACCACGGGUAACGGGGAAUCAGGGUUUGAUUCCAGAGAGGGAGCCCAGGGCCGGGCAGGGAGACCUGGGACCCGGACCCACAGCCCCAGCAGCCCCAGGAACCAGACCCACGGCCCCAGCAGCUCCGGGAACCGGACCCACGGCCCCAGCAUCUCCGGGAACUGGACCCAGGGACCCAGGAGACCCCGGACCUGGACCCACGGCCCCAGCAGCCCCGGGACCCAGACCCACGGCCCGAGCAGCUCCGGGAACCGGACCCACGGCUCCAGGAGACCCCGGACCUGGACCCACGGCUCCAGGAGACCCCGGACCUGGACCCACGGCUCCAGGAGACCCCGGACCUGGAUCCACGGCUCCAGGAGACCCCGGACCUGGACCCACGGCCCCAGCAGCCCCGGGACCCGGACCCAGGGACCCAGGAGACCCCGGACCUGGACCCACGGCUCCAGGAGACCCCGGACCUGGACCCACGGCCCCAGCAGCCCCGGGAACCGGACCCACGGCCCCAGCAGCCCCGGGAACCGGACCCACGGCCCCAGCAGCCCCGGGAACCGGACCCACGGCCCCAGCAGCCCCGGGAACCGGACCCAGGGACCCAGGAGACCCGGGACCUGGACCCACGGCCCCAGCAGCCCCGGGACCCGGAUCCACGGGACCAGGAGACCCCGGACCCGGACCAACGCACCCAGGAGACCCGGGACCCAGAUCCACGGCACCAGGAGAGCCCGGACCCACGGCACCAGGAGACCCGGGACCCGGAUCCACGGGACCAGGAGACCCCGGACCCGGACCAACGCACCCAGGAGACCUGGGACCCAGAUCCACGGGACCAGGAGACCCCGGACCAGGACCAGGAGACCCAGGACACUCACACCCACACCCGCCAAACACUGCACUGAACCGGGGACAGCUCGCGUUCAAUUCUACGAGCCGAUGGAGCUCUCCAUGGUUCUGACGGAGCUCCACACGCUUCUGACGCAUCUCCAGGGCUCUGAUGGAGCUCUACAUGCCCAGGCCCAGGCCCAGGGCCGCCUGCACUCCCCCAGGAACACCCCGGACCCCGGCCUCCGGCCUGGAGACCCCCCCCCCAACACCCGGCGCACCGGCCGAGCCGGGGUACCCGCACUUAAGCACCCCUCCGACCGGCCAUCCCUGAGUGAUAGAGCCCAGCCCACGGGCCUGGAGGAGAGGCCCAGGUACCCCCCGGGGACCUCGUGCCCGUGGUACCCGCGGACAGCGCUCUGCAGCCCGUCAGUGACGUCUGAGUGUGAAUUAUUCCUGUUCAAGAUGAACAUGAAUAACUUGGUUUGUGAGUCGUCCGACGUCCGUCAUCCUCCAAACUCUGAGAGAGAUUCAGGAGCUCCAGGAGCUCCAGGAGCUCCAGGACCUCCAGGACCCGUCACCCUGGGACCUCCAGGACCUCCAGGACCUCCAGGACCUCCAGGACCCGUCACCCUGGGACCUCCAGGACCCGUCACCCUGGGACCUCCAGGACCUCCAGGACCUCCAGGACCUCCAGGACCCGUCACCCUGGGACCUCCAGGACCCGUCACCCUGGGACCUCCAGGACCUCCAGGACCUCCAGGACCUCCAGGACCCGUCACCCUGGGACCUCCAGGACCUCCAGGACCUCCAGGACCCGUCACCCUGGGACCUCCAGGACCUCCAGGACCUCCAGGAUCCGUCACCCUGGGACCUCCAGGACCUCCAGGACCUCCAGGACCCGUCACCCUGGGACCUCCAGGACCUCCAGGACCUCCAGGACCCAUCACCCUGGGACCUCCAGGACCUCCAGGACCCAUCACCCUGGGACCUCCAGGACCUCCAGGACCUCCAGGACCCGUCACCCUGGGACCUCCAGGACCUCCAGGACCUCCAGGACCUCCAGGACCUCCAGGACCUCCAGGACCCGUCACCCUGGGACCUCCAGGCCCUAAUACUCUUUGCCAGGUGCGUCUGGGUUCUGGCAGAACUGUUUUCCGGGCCGUCACCAGCUCCGUGAAGCGGCUGGACAUCAGUGAGAUCUUCUCAGCCCUAGCCGAGCUGGAACCAGCAGGUUCUGAGGUUCUGACGGGCCACAGGGAGGCUUCACCGUCUCCAGUAGAGAAGUACACAAGCAUCUGA